ACUGAGCUUGCAUAGAUACAAUAGAAGUUUGAUAUUCAAAUAAUGUGAAGAUGAAAGCAGUUUUUCAAAAGAAUCUUUACAGAAGCUGAUAUAUUUUAUUUACGCUAACGUACAUCAGACUGGAACACUGAGAUACUCAGGGCUACUCGUGAUCACAGCUAGCUGUAUAUCACCCGCUGACUAGUGCGCCAAGCAAAUCGCUUUGUCCAUUUAACCAUGACGGAAACUCCCAGCUUAGAUUUUUUUUUCUGACAGAUUCUUUUCACUCAUUAUCGUCCGCAAGAUGACCCAAACUGGUCAGCUCAAGUCGUGCUGGGGCAGUGUUGAAGCCUAUCACACGUUCCAAUGGCGAGCGACGUCAGCAGAAUGGUGGCAGACUGUCGACAUUACAUUGCAAGCUGCGCAAAAUGCCCCUGCUCCUAUUCACACCUGGCCUACAACUUAUGAGGCUGUAGAGCUCUGGGUCUCCGCCUCCGCUUCAUCCGAAUCAGAAUCCAUUGCCUGGACGCGAUGCGAACACGGGCCUGGUUCAGCCCUUUUGCAUAGAGCGCUACAGGCCGCCGCCGCCGCCCAGGGGCAACAAACCAGUGCAAUCCGAUUUGUUUUCGCCGCUAAGCCGGGGUACCUGGCGCGGAGUGACAUUUUGUCUCUGCGGCUGAUCGAUCUCGAGUCUGUGGACGCCGUCGUCUCGUUCUUUGCUGGCCAGCCGGAACAAUCGCUCAGACCAUUUCGGGUCGACGCGCACGCAUCAAUCCCUAGCGUCCAGACUGUCUUGCAUGCGGUUAUGAAUAGCGCAGUCGGCGGUCUCUUGCUUAGGCCACCCAUCGGAUUUACAGAGUCCAAUAACUAUCGGGAAGUCUUCCAAGCCCUCGAUGAAGAACUCGCCAAUCGGCUCUCGUUCCCUUGGGUGCUGGAUGCCCCUGCACCGCGUAGAACUCUGGCAAUCGUGGAAGGAGGUCGCAGUAGCCCCGAGCAUGGGGGCACUGCAGCAAGUAUCUACACGGCCGCGCGAGCGCUGAACGUCGAUAUGGUUGUGUUGGAUGUUGACGGCCACUGGCUGCAGGGCCCGAAGUACGCUCACUGGCGGAAGGAGUUUUUGCCUGUCGAACUAGAGCCACCGUUGCUACUGCGGGAUCGAGUGUUGCAGGCUUUGGCCGACCGCAAGGUUGACGGGAUCGUUACAUUUUGUGAUUCGUACCAGGUUGCUGUUGCGGAGGCUGCUGAUCGUUUAGGAUUGCCUACUGCGCCCGCCGAGGCCUAUGAAAUUGCUACAGAUAAGUAUCGCACGGGUGUUUCAGAGGGCCGCCCGGCGUAUCUUGUCAAUAGUCUUGACGGAGCCCUGGAGGUUGUUCAACGCGGGGACCUGGACUAUCCGUUCAUUGUGAAGCCGUGUAGGGGCUUUCUAAGCGAGGGUGUGUUCAAGAUCGAUGGGGUCGAGGAGCUAUCUCGCGCCUUCCAGGGCGUCAAUGAAGACCGGCACGGAACAGAAGUCGUGCUUGAGCAAUACUGCGAUGGCCCGGAAGUCGACAUCAACUUUGUUCUCUCUGAGGGGGAGGUUCUCUUCUGUGAGAUCUCCGACGACUUCCCCAAGACCGCAGAUGUCUCUAGCGCGGGCUCUUCAUCCCAUACGCCCACCUCCUUCAUCGAGCUGGGCAAUGUCUUACCCUCGAAGCUCCCGUCCGCGGAGAUCGAUCUCCUACACACAUCCCUGCACCAGAGCCUGACCCGGCUAGGCCUCACCACAGGAAUCUACCACCUCGAAGCCCGCGUCCAAAACUCCUCCAUGGAAUACGGCUCCGUACAAAACCCACAUACCACAUCCGAAGUCAUCGACCUAACCCCCCGCUCAACACGCCCCACCAAAGACCCCUACGCCUGGCUAAUCGAAAUCAACCCCCGCCCCCCAGGCAUCCAAGAAACCGCCGCCGUCGAGUCCGUCUACGGCGUCGACUACUGGGGCCUCGGCCUCCUCUCCUCUCUCCGCGACCACGAGCGGCUCCGCGCCCUAUCCCAUCCUUUCACGCAAGGCCCGCAAUACUUCUGCGAGAUGGUCUUCAUCCCCGUCGAAUCUGGCGGGCGGUUCGAGUCCGACGACGUCUGUGCGGAUCUUGCGAGCCGACGCCCGGAUCUGGCAAGGCAUAUCUCGAAAUCAUUCUGUUUUCUGAAACGGGGCGAUGUCGUCCCCGCGCCGGAAUCGGGGAUCACAGCGUGGGUGGCGUAUUACGUUGUGUUUUCGAGGGUUAGUCGCGAGCAUUUGCUGGGUGUGACGGCUGAGGUGCGGAGGGAGACGAGGUUUACGGUUGUUUAGACUAGAUUGAACUAGAUUAACGGCAUGAAUGU